UAGCCCUUCUCUCUCUCUCUCUCUCUUUUUCAUACUCCCGUCGUCGCCGCUUCCAACCCGCCGCCUCUGCCUUUGGCUCCAUCGUGGCCUCCUCGUUGCCUCUAUGUCACCUACUGGUCGUCGCCUCUACAUCGCGGCCUCCUCCUAGUUUCCGCCUCUGCCGUCGCAGCUCCAACGCAUCGCCUCUGGCACCGCGGCCUCUAGACCAUUGCCUCCGACGCCUCUACCUCCAUCGCUGAUCAGGCAGAGGAGGAAGGAAAGGGAAGAGAAGAGGAGAGAAGGGAGGUGACGGGGGCUCGGAAUACAGUGAGGAGGCCAUUAACAAUGGGUGCUGUUAAAUUGGAACCUAGGUGUCCGCAACGCAUUGGUGGAAUUGUAAUUGAUCCCCAACCAGAUUGGAGUUUCGAUGGUCUCUUGUCAGAACUCAGUUUGAUAGAGAAGAAGCUUCACAUAUCUUCAACAUCGCCAUUUAGCAUAAGGAAGUCAGGAGAAGUAUUCUCUGCAAAGUCUGCUGAAAGGAGGGGAUUUGUAAUGCGUGUAGAUGAAAUGGUGGAUAGUGAAGAAGACAGCAAAGGGGAGGCUUGUGACUGGCCUCUGGUUAGAGCUAGAAGAUUUACCUGUGAUGAAUUUGAUAUCAGUUAUGAUUCAGAAGACGACUCAAUGAGUGAAACUCUAUGUCUUUUGAUGGAUAAAGUGGGAUUGAUAGAAGGUGCUUUGUCUGAGCUAACCCAUGACCAUCAACUUCGUGUUAAGGAUGAGAUUAGGAACCAAAUAUUAGCAUGGGAGGCAGAUCUGAUGAUUGAAAACAACAAAUUUACUUCUGCGCUUGCUCAAGUAAAGAAAUAUGUUGAAGCUCGGCAAGAAAUGGAUAGAAAACUUGAUGUGCAAUAUCAACGCAAGAAAGCAGAAGCACUUGAUAAUCACUUGACAGCUGUCCAGAGGGACCAUGAACACAAAUCCCAAAUAGAAGAAAGGAGAAUAAGAGAUGAUGCAGCAAUUGAAGAGGCCAAAAGAAGAGAAAAAGCUCUUCAAGAGGAAAAAUUUCGCCAAGAAAAGCUCAGAGCAGAAGCAGAGGCUAGACUUGAGGCUGAAAAGAAGAGAGCUGAAGAGGCAAAAGCAGCAGCUUUGGAGACUGAGAGGAAGGCAGCAAAAGAAGCUGAGAAAAAGAUUGCUGCAGAAGAUUCAGCGAGGUCAGCAGCUGCUGCUGCUGUAGUUCCUUCAACGGAUGCUACAGGGAGCCCUAAAAGAGCCAGCUUAGGAAUUCUGAAUGAUCAAUCCAACAAGUCUGUAUCUGAUGGAGUAAAAACAGUUCAACAAGCAGCUGCAGGAAAUGCACUCAAGUGUGCAGAAAGUGCUUUAAAAUUGGAGGAUAGAAGACGGCAGAUUUACCAGGAAGUAGCUGCUAAGAAUGCAUCACUGGGAUUGGGUUCUAGCAGUGCUCAUCUCAGCCUUCAAUCAAAAAUAAACAGGCUGAUCAAACAAAUUAGUGGGUCGAAAGAGAAUGUAAGAAAGAAAGUAGAUCAACUGAACCAGAUUUUUUUUGAUUCAUCUUGCCCUCAGUCUAUCAGUGUUGCAAUAUAUGCUGAGAAGAUUGUCGACCAAUGUGUAAACCCUAAUAAUUCUGUUUUUGCAUAUGCCUAUGUCACUGUUCUUCUUGCUUCUCAGGUCCCACUUGUUAUGGAUCUUGUCCUUGCCAAGUUGAAUAAAGUUUGCAUCUACACAGUCCCAAAGUAUAUUUCUUACUCCAAGUCAUCAUUUGAUACAAAAGCAGCUCAUUACAAAGCCAUUGGGUACAAAGAAGAAGAUGGACAGAUCGAGAACGAAGAGAGUUAUGUAUCAGGAAUAGCAUCAUACAUGAGCCUAUACGGAGCCCUUGUUCAGACAGAGAUUCAAGGCAUCCAGCAUGCGCAUGGUCUGGGCGAAGGUUGGUCGUGGCUCGCAAGAUUCUUGAAUGCUCUCCCUGCAAAUCUAUAUACAGCAGUUGCACUGCAGGCAUUCCUAGAAGUGGCAGGAUUCGGUCUCUACAGGAGAUACAAAUCUCAAUUCAAGAAGCUGUUGAGUGUCGUCUAUCAUGACUUUACGAGUGCAUUCAAAGAACCGGCAGGAGUCAAUCCGAAGCUCAGCAGAGCCAUUACGGGUAUCCGGACAUAUAUGGAAACAAAAGGCUUCCUCAAGGAACCCGAAGGCCGGUCCCUGCAGAAUUCUUUGUUGUCUCACGACUUUGUUCCUGAUUUAGAGUCCAGUGACCAUUAUCAUUAUCAGCAAAGUAGGCCUUUCUACCAUUAUUGAAACUGUAUGUAUUAAUGGUUUAUCUGUAUACUCUUCUCAACUUAACUGAGCGUUGGUUUGAAGUGAGCCAUCUUCUGAACGUGCUUCCUAUCCCCAGCUUUGGUUUCAAUUUGGAUGGAUCAGGAACAUGUGAUAAAACUUUGUAAAUUCUAAUGAUUUUAAUAGAUAUUCUUAUUUCCAGUA